ACGACCGCCAACACCACCACCACUCGACUGGUGUCCACCCAAAUCCACGCACGGCACAAUGGGCGCCCUGCUAUCGCUGCCCCUCCUGGCUGUACCCAGCGUGGGCACCCUCCUCACCGCCGGCGCCAGUUGCUGUGGAGCGGCGACAUGUUCCGCCGUAUGCUCAGCCUGCGGCAAGUGUAACAACAGUGUCGCCACUCGAAUCGCCUACGCCGCCAUCCUCCUCCUCAACUCGCUGCUGUCGUGGGUCAUGCUCACCGAAUGGGCCGUCAAGAAGCUGCAAAACAUUCUGCUGGAUUAUGUCGUGGUGGACUGCUUCGGACACGAAUGCUUUGGCUUUGCCGCCGUGCAUCGCAUCAACUUUGCGCUGGGCCUGUUCCACUUCGUAUUGGCCGUCUUGCUGAUCGGUGUCAACACCUCCAAGGACACCAGAGCCGCGCUGCAGAAUGGCUUCUGGGGACCCAAGAUUGUCAUCUGGUUGGGCCUGAUUGUGCUCAGCUUCCUGAUCCCAAACCGUUUCUUCGAGGUCUGGGGCAACUAUGUUGCACUUGUAGGCGCCAUUCUCUUCUUGCUUCUGGGACUGGUCCUGUUGGUGGAUUUGGCACACUCCUUUGCAGAGUUCUGUAUCGAGAAGAUCGAAGACACCGAUUCCGGUCUCUGGCGUGGCAUUCUGAUCGGUUCCACUCUGAGCAUGUACUUGGGUGCCCUUGCCAUGACCAUUGUCAUGUACGUCUUCUUCGCCAAUAGCGGAUGUAGCAUGAACCAGGCUGCCAUUACCAUGAACCUCAUCUUCCUGAUUGGCAUUAGCGUCAUGUCCAUUCACCCAACCAUCCAAGCAAACAACCCGCGCGCUGGCCUUGCGCAGGCUGCCAUUGUCUCCAUCUACUGCAGCUACCUCACCCUGAGUGCGGUCGCUAUGGAGCCCGAUGAUAAGAGCUGCAAUCCUCUUGUCCGAGCUGCUGGCACUCGAAAAGCGAGCAUCAUCCUGGGAGCUGUAGUCACAUUCAUCACCUGCGCCUACACAACGACACGUGCUGCCACCUAUGGUCUCGCCAUGGGCGCCGCCAACAAGGGCUACGUCUCGCUGGACAAUGAAGCUGACAGUCACGAUCUGGUGGAUACCCAGCCAGAGUCACGACGCGCCAUGCGCCAGGAAGCCCUGCGUCGUGCAGUCGAGUCUGGAGCCUUGCCUGCAUCGGCACUAGAUGAGAGCGACGACGACGAUGAUGACGACGAUGACUCAAAGAGCGGCAAGCACAAGAACGACGAUGAAAAGCAACGUACACAGUACAACUACUCGCUGUAUCACAUCAUCUUUAUGCUCGCCACAGCAUGGGUUGCCACUCUUCUGACACAAAACAUUGGAAGCGAUAGUACCAUUGAGAAGGGCGACUUUGUGCCGGUCGGCAGAACGUACUGGGCAAGUUGGGUGAAGAUUGUGUGCGCAUGGGUAUGUUAUGGCAUAUUUGGCUGGACACUGGCAGCACCGAUCAUCAUGCCUGAUAGGUUUGACUACUCGUGAGAUUUGUAGCGAAUAGCCCUUUUUUUCUACUGUACCAUUAUGAGACGCACUAAAAUACAUCCGUAGCCGGAUCCAGGACGGGAAUCACAGUCUGUCCCCCAUAUCGACAACGCGCAUAUGCAAGUUGGGCAUUUCCACGUGUAAACGGCGUUCAAGUCAGCGACUACUCAUGCAAGUGAUAUGUCUCAAGCACGGUUCCUGGUUUAAGCGCCCACGCUACGUCGAUCUCCACGUGAUCACGUUUGAAGGAUGCGGCGGGACCUCCAGUACCUGUAGUUACGCCUUUAC